UUGCAUCUGCAUCACUUAAUAUUCUCACAUGAUUCCCUUUUCAGUUUCCUUUGCGUGCUUAUAAUCUAUAAUCUCUCGGCGUGUCCUUCUCGGUCCGCUCGAGGUCUGAAGUAAAAGAUCAUUGUGGACGAGACUUCACCCCUUGCUUGCGCAAUCUCUAAUUCUGAUACUGACAAAUAUCUUUUUGUCUCUGGUCUUCUUUGCCCCUGGGGACCACAGGGAUUGAUAAUUUUUUGUGCGACUUUUGUGGAGCCUUGCCUUCAUGAGCCCUGUUCACUCGACGAAACUUUCAUCAUGACAGUCCAGGACUUGAAGCUCUACACCUCGCUCCGCUACGAUCCACUCCUCACCUCGCUUUCAAUCAACACUGAAUCAUGGGACGAACAACUCAAAGAACCAAGCCCCUUUUACAUCCUCACACAUCAUCGAGAUCGCAUACUACAAGCUGCCGAUCACUUCGGUUGGACAAAAGCAGCUGAUUCAAUCCGGGGCUCUGACGGCUUCGCUCACCUGCUGAAGAAACUCACUGAAUCCAUCGACACAAAAUCCCCAACGCCAUUGAGGAUUAGGGUAUUGUUGAGCCACGAUGGCUCAAUUGGCGUCGAGUCGUCUCCAGCUGCACCAGUGACAGAAACGAACUUGUUUCCAAAAAGGAUCCCUCCACCAAAGGCAUCCCCUCAGAUGAAGGUUAGCCCUCUCACUGGUGGUGCUUUGACUCUGGGAAACGAUGAUGCCGUUCAUGGAGAUCCACCGAUGACAGGAGCAUGGGAUGUUAUCCCGGAUAGUGUGAGGACGAAGCCGUCGCCGUACACCAGUUAUAAGACUACGAAUAGGGAUAUGUACGGUGCCGCCAGGGAAAGAGUUGGGAUCAAGGACAUGAUGGAGAAGAGGGAGGUUCUGAUCGUCAGUGAGAAAGAUGGGGACAUUAUGGAAGGCAGCUUGACGAGUGUGUUCUUCUGGAGGAAUGGGAAAUGGACGACUCCGCCGGUAUCAAGUGGUGGUCAGGUGGGAACUACGAGGAGGUGGGCUCUUGCAAAGGGACUUUGUGUUGAAGGGGUUGUGACAGUCGACUCUCUGAAAGAUGGAGAAGAAUGCUGGAUCAGCAAUGGUGUGAGAGGCUUCCAAUGGGGAAAAGUGAAGCUGUCAUGAGGCUGGUGUAGGACGGAGCAAAUGGUUGAUCCUGGCUUCCCUGAUCCCUCGCUCCACAGAAAGGGUCUCUCUACAGAACUACUACAGCACAUAAAAGUUUUCACAUGACUUCCGCUUUGCACUCGGAUCAUGAUAUAUCGAUGU